CUCCUCUCUGUUCACGUGGAAUGAUGCCGCUGGUGUCGCUGCGCGAUCUCGGCGUUGCUGCCGCGCUUGCUGUGGUAGUGCUGGUGGCGGUGUGCCCGCUGGCGUGCGUGGAGGGCGAGGUGUUUGUCGGGGAGGAUGCGCGCGGCGCGUUUCACAUCAACACGACAGAGGGCGAUGCAUCUGUGUACGUGAACGGCGUGGACCUGCAUGCCUUGUUCGCCACCGUGGAGCAGCAGCAACACACCAUCAACAGGCUGCAGGCCGCGACGUGCAAGGUGAUCCCGCCCUCGGCAGACGACGACACGUUUGCGGGCGUCGCCGGAACGCAGUCCAGCAAGUGGGUCCAGGGUGUGGCCGACCCGGCCACGGGCAUCAUCUACGCCAUUCCGCAAGACGCGUCCGCCGUCAUGACCAUCAACCCGCACACGCGCCGCGUGGACGCAAACGCCAUCCCCGUACCGGGCGGGAGCGGCGGCAGCAAGUGGGCCGGCGCUGUGGCCGCAAGCAACGGCCUCAUCUACGGCAUGCCAAACGACGCAACCUCCGUGCUCAUCAUUGACCCGCGCACCAACACGACCAACACGACCGUUCUGGCCGGCCUGCCAUCCGCUUCAGACAAGUUUGUCAGCGGCACGCAGGCGCGCAAUGGCCUCAUCUUCGGCGUCCCGUGGAACGCCGCGUUUGUGCUCAUCAUCGACCCCGCCACCAAUACCAUGGACACGACCUCCAUUGCGGGCCUGGACGCGGACGUGUCCAAGUGGGACGGCGGCAUCCUUGCGCCAAACGGCCUCAUCUACUGCAUCCCGUUCAACGCCAAGUACGUGCUCAUCAUCGACCCAGACACAAGAACAGCAGACAGCACGUCCAUCGCCGGGUUCAGCGGCGACCAGGCGUGGGCUGGCGGCGUCCUCGCCAACAACGGCAAGAUCUACGGCAUCCCAGACCACGCGUCCAGCGUCCUCAUCAUCGACACGGCCACCAACGCCUUUGACACGACCACGCUCUCCGGCCUCUCCUCGGCAGACGGGUCCAAGUGGACCGGCGGCGCCCUUAUCAGCCACAACCGCAUUGUAGGCGUCCCUUACAGCUCCAGCGCUGUGCUCAUCGUCGACGCCGCCAACAACACCACAGACACAACCACCAUCACGGGCCUUGGCACCGAUACUGGCAAGUGGUGGGGCGGCGUGCUUGCAAGCAACGGCAACGUCUACGCCAUUCCCCACAAAAGCGACACCGUUCUUGUCAUCGAGCCUGGAUGUGCUUGACAGGGAGGAGUUUGCUUGUUUUAGGGGCGGUCGCAUAUGGUUGUGGGUGUUGCUUGGUUUUGUGUUCUUUGCAUGCGUGCUUGUUCUGCUGGACGCAUACUUUGUUUUGCUUGCCGUGUUUGGCUGUUUGCUUCCCUUGCCCUUCGUUGAUGUUACCUUACUUGUUUGCUCCAACGAUGCUUGUUAUGUUGAACCACAGCACUGUGUCUGUGUUCGCAUGUUGGUAUCGGUUAUGUUACACUCACAUGAACCAUGACAGUUGCGG